CCCCGGCACCACAACCACAACCCGCGGCCGACUACAGCCCGCGGCCUGGCGAGGAAAAGACACCUCGACACGACCAGGGAGAUCAAGGAGAGUUACCCGGUGUCAAUUGGGUGCCAUCCCAUCCCGGGCUCUGGCAGUUUGUGCCGGGGCUUUGACGGUCUUAAACAAUCUUGCAGUAGACAUCGUGAACAUGGAAGAAACUGAUAGAGAAGCUGUAUCGACAGCUGCACAACGUGUGGCUGGAAUGCUUCAACGACCAGAUCAACUGGACAAAGUGGAGCAGUAUCGCAGAAGAGAAGCUCGGAAGAAGGCCUCUGUGGAAGCCAGGCUAAAGGCAGCUAUUCAAUCCCAGUUGGAUGGAGUACGGACUGGGCUCAGUCAGCUUCACAAUGCUUUGAAUGAUGUUAAGGAUAUCCAACAUUCCUUGGCAGAUGUCAGUAAGGACUGGAGACAAAGCAUUAAUACAAUAGAGAACCUUAAGGAUGUGAAAGAUGCUGUGGUUCAGCAUAGCCAGCUGGCAGCUGCGGUUGAAAACCUGAAAAACAUUUUUUCAGUUCCAGAGAUUGUACAGGAGGCCUAUGAACUAAUUGAACGAGGAGAACUACUCUUAGCCCACCGAAAGCUAAUGGACCUAGAAUGCUCUCGUGAUGAUUUAAUGUAUGAGCAAUAUCGCAUGGAUAGCAAGAACACUCAUGAUAUGAAACUAAUUCAAGCCUAUUUUACUGAGGUACAGAAUCUCUCUGAGCAAAUGGGUAAACAGAUUUGGAUGCUGGUGCAAAGAUCCUCAGUAACAGUCCGCAGUGAUCCAGCUCAGCUUGUGUCAAUGAUUCGGAUCAUUGAGAGAGAAGAAAAAAUUGAUAAGCGAAUGCUUGAUCGCCAGAAGCAGACUGGGUUCAUUCCCCCUGGCAGACCAAAAAAGUGGAAAAACAAAUUGUUUGCAGUUUUAGAACAGACUGUUGCUAAUCGGAUUGAAGCCAGUCAGUCUGAUACACGGGAGCUCGAUAAAAUGUGGCUUGUCCGUCACCUGGAGCUCACACGCAAAUAUGUUCUUGAGGACUUGCUGGUCAUGAAGAACUUGAUGGCACAGUGUUUCCCCCCUCACUACAACAUUUUCAAAAAGUUUCAGAAUUUGUAUCACCAGGCACUAGUGGCACGUGUGGAAGAACUCGCCACUGAGGAUCUGGAGGCCAAUGAAAUUGUUUCACUUCUAACAUGGGUUCUAAAUACUUAUCAGAGUGAGGAUAUGAUGGGACACCCAGAUCUUGCUCCAGAAGUGGACGUGAAGACCCUGGAACCCUUGCUUUCAAAUGAUGUUGCCAACAUGCUUCUCAGCAAAUACAUGACAACCCUCACUUCCAAUAUUAUUGGAUGGCUACGCAAAGCACUUGAAACUGAUAAGAAGGAUUGGAAAAAGGAACAAGAGCCAGAAGCAGAUCAGGAUGGAUACCAUCAAACAACAUUGCCAGCUAUUGUUUUUCAGAUGUUUGAACAAAAUCUACAGGUAGCUGCUCAGAUCAGUGAUGAUCUGAAACUUAAAGUGCUGACGUUGUGCCUUCAGCAAAUGAACUCUUUCUUGAGUAGGUACAAGGAAGAAGUUACGCUAUAUAAAGAUGACCAUCUCAAGGAUCGUCAGCAUCCUCAGUUCUACAUUCAAUACAUGGUCGCAGUUGUUAACAACUGCCAAACUUUCAAAGAAUCUCUCAACAGUUUGAAGAGGAAAUAUACAAAGUUUGAGAUAGAGAUGAAAGAAGACCAUUAUGCUAAUCAACCAACAAUAGAGGGAACUCUGGAUAUUAUCGCCAAAGAUGGAUGUGUUUAUCUGCUAGAUGAAGUAUUUCUUGAUUUGGAGCCUCAUCUUCAAGAACUGAUGACCAGAAAAUGGCUGGCUGGAUCUAAUGCUGUGGAUAUCAUUUGUGUUACCAUAGAGGAUUAUUUCAAUGACUUUGCUAAAAUUAAAAGACCACACAGCAAGGACAUAACAAUUGAAGCUCAUAGAAGAGUUGUGGUGGAGUAUAUCAGAACUAUGAUGCAAAGAAGGAUCACGUUCAGAGGUUUGGAUGAACGUAGAGAAGGGGCUGAGAGAGUCUUAAAAGAUGCAGAGCAGUUUCGGUUCUUGUUUAAGAAACUUUCGGCAGGUUUUACAGAAGACACUGAUUUGCUGUCUGACGCCAUACCUGCUCUAGCUGAAGUCUUGAAGCUCACUGAUCCAUCUUUAUUAUGCCUUGAGGUCUCUACAUUAGUUAAUAAAUUUCCUGACUUCAGGGAAGAACACAUCACGGCCCUCCUGGCAAUGAGGGGAGAUGCCAGCAGAGAAAUGAAACAGACAGUCAUCGAAACUUUGUGCCAAAACCAAGCUCAUCCUGGUCCCAAUUUGAAACCAAUCUUCAAAGAUAUUUCAGCACAAAAUUUAACAUUGUCAAAACUAGUGAAGUGAAAUAUUCCUAUUUGGAAGUUAAUGUGUACAGUAGACCUUGCUAGAGGAGCAUUUGGGGCACAUCUGGAAAGUUAUGGAAAGUUGCACUGUUGGCGUGAAUAUACUUGGAAUAAUUUUCUGCAAGUUUCUGAGACUAUAAAUUGUAAAACAAAUGGACUCUACUCGCCAAAAAGAUGCGUGUUCAGCAGAGAGAUUCAGUUCCAAGCUUUUUUGUCAGCUGAGCAUCGUUUAACCCUGCAAUGUGGACCUCCAUAGAGUAUAGAUGUAGCUUUACUACUUUGGCAUCUGGAGACUACUUUGGGCCCCACAAGUAGGGCUGCACUGCUUUUAGUGGGCUUGUUAAUGAUGCAGUAAGAAAUAUAACUGUUAUACUGACGUGCAACUUUAUACAUAUUUUUGCCUUUGUCAGCAUUUUUGAGAACAUAAUUAAUGACACAUUUUGGAAGAUAGAAUGAGGAAUGUAUUUUUUAUGUAUGCAUGUUUGUACAGGACUUCAGAUGCAUAUCAACAAGCAAAAUGGAUAAUUUUGAUUCUGAUUGAAACGGUCUUCUGUAAAAUGAGUUUGCAAGUGUACAUCUAACAUAAACUCAACAAUAGUUUAAUGGUGGACAUUUCAACCAGUGUUUAUGGUGCUUGCACUUUGAAAAAAAAAAAUUCACAUCUGAAUAAAGGGCAGUGUCACAAGCACUGCCAUAAUAAACAACAAGUUUUUUGUUUUUGUGCAUCUUUUGGGCAAUUAAAUAUUUUUAACAAAGUAACUAACACAGAUGGAUGUUAAAAUAUAUGGGUAGACGCUAGAGAGAUCCUAUUCUGUGAAACGUUAGUUGUGACUAUUUGUGGAUUUUGGAGAGCAAGACAUCUUUUAUAUCAUCCUUUUUUCCCCUCGACUAUAAAGGGAUUGUAUUUUGAUUUGCAAUUUGAACAGAGUUGAAAAACAAACAUUUUUAAAAAUUCCAUUAUUUGUAUUCCAAAUUGAAAAUUCAAAUUAAAGAUUAUGCCUGU